CGCUUUUUCACCUGUCAACCCAACAAACAAUUUUGUUGGAUAACGGCUUGUUAAGCUAUAGUUCAACUGAAAUCUACUGAAUAAUAGCAUAUUAAACUGUAAAUCAACAAAACUGUUUGUUGGGAAACUUUUCACUUCGCUUGGAACUGUAAACUACCGCAAAUUUGGGUGCUUGCAGUUGACAGUGCAUUUAAUACGACAUACUGAGUAAUUUUCAUCCAUUCUGAUAUGCAAAACUUUUUCGUGUAAUAAAAAUUAUAACCAAAAAAUCCCUUUGUUCAAUAAUAGCAACAAACGUUUGGUGCUAACUGGCGUUUCAUAUCACAUGGCUUUUCUUCCAAGAAAGUAAAAGUGUUGUGAAGUAUAAAAAAGGCAAAUAACGAGGAAGCAUACCCAGAACAAAAUUAUUUACCGAAAAUACCAUCGGUAUCAUGACCACAUUCUGUUUGAUUGCUUAAACUCCUGUGUAGUACUAUAAAAGCGUUCACGAUGGUGGCGGCUUUGCUUCGGCAUUUGUUGCGAUUCCAGCGCCAAUUGUGCAGCACAGUUGCAAUGUCAUCUUCAGCUAGACCAAAAAGUCCAUCACAACACAAUCUAGUGUGGAUUGAUAUGGAGAUGACCGGUUUGGACGCGCAGAAUGAUAGAAUUCUUGAGAUUGCUUGUAUAGUAACUAGCAAGAAUUUAGAUAUUCUGGAUUCAGGAAUAGAUGUUGUUAUACACGAACCUGACGAAGUGUUACAAGAGAUGGACGAGUGGUGCGUGAUCAAUCACGAGAAAACCGGUCUAACCCAGGCAGUUCGAAACUCCCAAGUAAACUUGGAGGAAGCUGAAAACAUUGUUCUGGAUUUUGUUAAGAAACAUUGCCCAGAAAAGGCUUGCCCUUUAGCGGGGAGUUCCGUUUACAUGGAUAGGAUGUUUCUGUGUCGCUACAUGCCACGACUAAACGCUUAUCUACAUUACCGGAUCGUGGAUGUCAGUACAAUUAAGGAACUAUGCAAGCGCUGGAACGGGGCCAUUCUUAGCCACGCGCCGCCCAAGCGCUUCAAGCAUCGUGCAUUGGAAGAUAUCGAGGAUAGUAUAAAGGAACUACAGUACUAUCGAUCUUUCAUGUUUUCUUCCAAUAAACCCUAGGAUAGACGCAUUUUGAAUUGAGAAAUACACAUUAAAGUCGUGAAUAA